CAAAAUUCACUGGUAGCACGAGAAAGAGCUGUAACAAUGUUGAAGCCACUACACCUGUUCUACUGUGCGAGCCUGAUCGGUUUGACCACCAUUUCAGGCUUGUUGUCGUUGUUGUACCACUGUGCACCUGUCCUGUACUACCUGUGCACGGGGAUACUACUGGGUUCAGUGGGAUACUGUGCGGUUCAGUACUUGAUGCCGAAAGGCUGGGUGAGAGGGGAAGGCAAAGCUGUCUUCAUUACAGGCUGUGACAGUGGCUUUGGCUUUCGACUGGCCAAACGUCUGGACUCGCUGGGCUUCACGGUGUUUGCCGGCUGUCUGCUGGCAGACAGUGGUGGGGAGGGGUCGAUGAAACUCCGGGCGGAGUGCUCGAGCAGGCUGAGUACUGUUCAGAUUGACGUCACUGAUGAUGGACAGGUGCAGGCCGCUGUACUACAGGUCAAAGAUCGACUGCCAGCGGGGUCAAAGGGUCUUUACGCAUUGGUGAACAACGCUGGAGUCUGGCAACCGGGAGAGAUAGAGUGGGCCAGCAUUGUCGCCUACCGACGCGUGAUGGAAGUGACACCUUCGGCACCGUGCGGGUCACCAAGGCGUUCUUGCCUCUGAUUCGUCGU